UUUCUCUUUUUGUUUGGUGAUUUAUUGGUUCGCCUGUUGAUUGGGAUCUUUUUUUUAAAUUGUGAUGGAAAAUCUUCGAACCUCAGUUCCUGUUAAGGAAUAUAAAUCACCAUGUAGAGAAAAAGGUCUGAUCAUAUCUAUGAUUUUUUUCGGUUUGUUUUCUCUUUCAAUGUCACAUCCCAUGUGUGAUUAUAAAGAAAUGUCUUGGGUGUGAUUCCAGUAAAAGAACCGAAGAUGUAAAUUGUAUGGAAUAUUUUGUAAAAUCGAUCGAUUGGAGAUCAACUUUUUCAACGAUUGUUUGGUUAACCGAACAAGAUAUUCUUUAUUUGAUUGUUUGGUUGUCCAUCAAGAGUUGAUUUGAGAUUAGUGGUCAUCGCUAUUGCCAAUAAUCACGAUUUUCUUGAACUUAUGGGAGACCGGGUCGGAUCUCGAGCCGGUUUCGGCAGUUUACCUUAUGAACACGAACAGGAACAAAGUGAAACGAUGUCUUCUCUAAUUGCUGCAACUUUCAAGUUAACUUUUAUUGAUUUUUUUCCUUUUAUUAGUUGUUUUUCUAAUUGAAUAUUACUUAAUAUUGCAAACGUUCAUCUUUAGUGUAAUCAAUUGGACUCAGUUAAAUCAUCUCUUAAAGUAAUGUCAUGUUUUAAUUAAUCGAUAUUUUUGACCGAAAAUUUAACAUUCAAACAACUAAUCUAAAGAUCAAUAGUUUGAUUAUCUAAUCAAAUUAACUUAUCAAUAGUUACCAUUGUAAUUCUCUACUUAACUUGAACUAAAUUGCGUAAAAUUGCGACACAGUUUUUUAAUUAUCUAUUCCUAUCUAAUCCAUGACGCUCAUAAUGAUCGUUAAAUUAUCUUGGUUGAAGCUCACCAUUGUUAAGAUGUUGAUUAUCAAUCACACAAUGAAAGUCUAAUGAUAUUCCGAGUUUUUCAUACAAUCAAACAAAUGAAUUAAUAAAAACCUUGGCGAAAAAUUCAAGGCUCAUAAUUUGAUAGAAUUAGACUUAUUAAUUGUCUCGUUAUCCACUUAAAAAUCGCAACAAUCAACAGAUACAAAUGAAAGUGUCUUAUGAUUAACGAUUAUCUCGCAAAGUGUUUUUUUCCUUCAUAUUGUGAAAGCACUAAAAACUCACUUUCAAGUGUCACCUUCAUUUCCAAAGGCGUUUUUUAAUAAAGAUAAACAAUCAAAUGUGAACCUAAGACAUUAAUCCAGUGACAAUCAGUCGAGUUGUUUCAUUAAUCGUGACAAUGUCUAAACCUUCAUAUCAUAUUCUGAUUACUGCUAUUGAAGCUUAUGGUCAUAUCAAUGCGAUUUGUGGUUUCGGUGAGUUGUUGGCUCGACAUGGACAUAAAGUGACCUUCGCUCAUCGAUUGAAGUAUAAAAAGCUCGCAGAUCAACAUGGCUUUGAUUUCAUUGCUUUCGAUGAACAAAUUGUUGGUGUUGUUUGCGACGAAGACUUUUCUUCGUGGAUUGACAAGAACAUGGAAAAGUUUCGAAAAUCACCUCUAGAUAGAUUGAUGAAUAAAACUGAAGAGGAAAAGGAAACUUCGGCCUUUGGAAUUGAACAAUAUCGUAAAAUGAACGAAGUCUUGAUUCCGAUCUUGGGUGAGAAUUCAUUUGAUGCAAUUGUUGCUGAUGGAUUAGAUAUUCUCGAUUGUCUUUACAGAGCGACAAUUCCUGUCGUUUCUUCAUGUUCACCGGCACCUCUGAUCUUAUACGAAAAAGGUCCUCCGGCAAUGUCAGGAUAUUCUGUUCAUAGUGAUCCAAAGUUAUGGACUGAGUUCGAGAGAUACACUGCUGAUGCUUUUUCAAACAUGAGUGUCAUUUUCAAUAGUCUAUUACGAGAAUCAGGAAGACCUGAAAAUCACAAUAUGACUCGAUGGAUUUUACCUCCUGGAAGAAUCGGUUUUUAUCAUUACCCUGCUGAUCUCGAUUAUACUGAGUUCGAACCAAUCGAACCUGGUUGGCAUCGAAUCGAUUGUUAUGUUCGAUCUCCUGAUGAAGGUUCGACUUUCGAGCUACCAGAUAAACUCAAAGAUAAACCUGGAAAGUUGAUCUACUUUUCCCUUGGAUCAACUGCUUCUAAUGAUUUACUAAUUAUGAACAAAUGUCUUUCCGUUCUCGCUCGUUGUGGUCAUCGUGUUAUCGUCUCAAUGGGUCGACGAGGUGAUAAACUAAAUCUUUCCGAUAAUAUGUGGGGACAAGAAUAUGUCAAUCAGGUCGCAGUUAUUGAAAAGGUUGAUUUGGUUAUAACUCACGGAGGGAACAAUACAUUCAUGGAGACUCUUUAUCAUGGAAAACCAAUGAUUGUGAUUCCUUGGUUCUUUGAUCAACUGGACAAUGCCCAGAGAGUCGUUGAUAAAGAGAUUGGAUAUCGAGUUAAUCCUUGGGAGUUUGAUGAAGAUUAUUUUCUUAAUUGUAUCGAGAAAGUUUUAAAUGAUCAACAAUUACAAGAAAGAGUCAAGAAAAUAUCAGAAAAUAUGAGAAACUCAAAUUCUGGUACACAAGCAGUAAAAAUGAUUGAAGAUUUGAUUUCCAAUCACAAGAAAUGUUAAUUGUCAAGUCAAAUCUCUCGUCUCCAAAAUGGUUAAAAAUACAAUCUAAUUAAAAUUGAUUAAAAACAAA